GUUUCGAUCUCCUCGUUGGUUCAGACAUGGCUCCGGUGGGACCAGGAUCCCAAUACUCGCGCGGAAAUAGAGCAGUUGCGCGAUGCUGGCUCUACCGAUGAGCUGGAGCUGCGCCUACGGAAUCGUAUCGAGUUUGGAACGGCAGGCCUACGCGGCCGUAUGGCAGCUGGGUUCUCUUGCAUGAACUCAUUGACGGUGAUCCAGGCAUCACAGGGACUUGCCAAAUACAUCCAAGGACGUCCGGAGAUUGCCCCCAAGGGCGUAGUCAUUGGACAUGAUGCACGCCAUAAUUCCGAUCGGUUUGCCGUGCUUGCGGCCAACGCGUUCAUUGCUCUGGGGAUCCCAGUCUGGUUCUUCGACCAGGCUGGGCCGACACCGAUGGUUCCAUUCGGUGUAAGUUUCUUUGAAGCCGCUGCUGGUAUCAUGGUGACGGCGAGUCAUAAUCCGCCACAAGACAAUGGGUACAAGGUUUACUCGACCAAUGGCGCUCAAAUAAAUCGACCCGAGGAUGGCGAGAUAGCCCGGUCAAUCCGUGAGAACCUGGAGCCUUGGCCAACUGCGUGGAAGGACUUGCAACCCGGCGACCUCUUGCACGCGGACUCUUAUCAGAAGUUACUUCCUCAUUACAUUAGCAGUGUUGCAGCCUACGCGAAAUCAACGAUCACGAAAUGGCAGUCUCCAAGACCAACUGUCUACACACCUCUUCAUGGCGUAGGGGGCUUGGUUUUCCCCACUCUUUGUGAAUCGCUAGGUAUCGAUAACUGCACGACUGUUCCUGCCCAACAGAAACCGGAUCCCGAUUUUUCUACGGUCAAGUUCCCGAAUCCAGAAGAGGCCGGGGCAUUGGAUCUCUCAAUUGAGAGCGCCGAUAGAGAAGGGAAGACUCUGAUUAUUGCUAAUGAUCCAGAUGCGGAUCGGUUCGCCGCGGCAGAAAAGGUCAAUGGGAAAUGGGUUCUGUUCACAGGCAACCAUGUCGGAGUCCUUCUCGCAUCCCAUGUAUUCGAUUCGCUAAGUAGUGCGGAUGACCUGUCAAAAUUCACGGUUUUGACUACAACUGUCUCCAGUGGUAUGCUCGAUAAGAUGGCUAAGGCCAAGGGUAUCCAAUUCAAGGAAACCUUGACUGGCUUCAAGUGGAUGGCAAACGUUGCUCGGGACCUGGAAAAGACUGGUCAGACCGUGCCAUUUGCUUACGAGGAGGCGCUGGGCUAUAUGUUCCCUUCUGUAUGCUAUGAUAAAGAUGGCAUUACAGCUGCCUCGGUUUUCCUUGCUGCGGAGGCCAAAUGGAGGGCUCAAGGCCUGACAGUUCACGACAAACUCCAACAACUUUUCAUCGAGUUUGGCCACCACGAGACACUGAACAACUACUUCCGAUCUCCAAAUCCCCAGCUCAGUACUGCGCUGUUCCGUGGGAUCAGGAGCGGCCGAUUCCUUGCUGACAAACAGUUUGGUAAAUUCAAAAUUCUGCGCUGGCGAGAUCUGACGGAAAGUUAUGACUCUGCUUCGCCCGACAACAAACCUGAUUUGCCUGAUGACCCUACCAGCCAAAUGCUGACCCUGUGGCUAGAAGGUGGAGUGCGCUUCACUCUUCGGGGAUCGGGUACAGAGCCCAAGGUCAAAUUCUACAUUGAAAGUUGUGGAGCUUCUCGCGACCAUGCUGUCCAGGCUGUCUGCGAAACAUUCUCCAUCAUCCUCAAAGAAUGGGUCCAGCGGUACACCCCUUCCAUGGCACAUAACGCGCAGCUUCCCACCUCGUCAGGUCAUAUUUUCAAUGUGGAGUGA